AUGCCUCGUUCACGUGGAGGUGCCCCUGCCCGGUCUGUACCGUCGAGACCGGCAGCUCCCGCACCAACUCCUCGGCCUGUCGCGCCACAGCAACAACAGCGACCGAUGUCGACUGCACCCACUCAACAGGCUCAUCCACCUGCGCAAGUUUCCCAAGGCCCAGGAUUGUUUGGUCAGAUGGCCAGCACCGCUGCUGGUGUUGCUGUCGGAUCGUCCAUCGGCCAUGCUAUCGGUGGCUUGUUCAGUGGAGGAUCUUCCUCUGUGCCAGUUGAACAGCAACAACAACCCAAUGCCCUCUACAAUAACCAAUCCUCUUCGGCGGCCGAAGCAUCGGGACCUUGUGCCACCGACAUCAAGAACUUCACCGACUGCAUGAACCAGAACCAGGGUAACAUGACAAUCUGUGGAUGGUACAUGGAGCAGCUGAAGGCUUGCCAACAGGCAGCCCGACAGUACUAA